AUGGAUAAGCGGCGGCAUCAACAGCAGGAAUUGAAAAGUGUGGAACUUAGACGUCCAGACGCCAGCCAUCCAUGGGGAAUAUGUUACGCAGUUUUGCCUGCGGGACCGGAAAUUCUGAAAGUUAUGAGUGAAAGUCCUGCUUAUGGGCAUUUGCGCAGCGGUCAAGUGAUAAAAACCAUCAACGGACAAUCUGUUCUGGGUCUAAAAAGGGAGGAUAUAACCGACUUGCUCAAUAUCGAUGAUGAGGUCGUUGCUCUUGAGGUUACUCCAGCCGUUACAAGCGACCCCAAAUCAUUGCUUUUCGGGCGAGAGUAUGGCCGAGGAUCAGUUGGACCGAGCAGUUUUAAUCGACAAUAUCGCAGAAAUAGCGAAAUGUCCACAACAUUGGAACGUCGUGGAAGUAAUGCUUGCGUGGAAAUGCCGACCAACCUACCAAACUGUCGAGAUGAAUUUGAACGUAUUCACAGCCAGCGCAAACAGUCUCGUGAGUUGACAUUAAAUCAAAUGGAGAAUCUUCGACUGCAACGGGCAGCAUCUGUAGAUAUCUGCAACAGUGAUCGUCGUUCAGGCUCUGCUUUCAUUCCUCAACCACUACAACAAUCAGGGGAGUCAGUGGACGCGCAGAAGGAAGAAGGUAAUGGAAUGACUGGAUUGCGUUACAUGGGCGGACAUAUUCCAUCACGAUCCUUCAAAGCUCUCGCUCUACUCAUGGGAAUGGAUCCCUCUGACACUAACAUGGGUCAGCAAAGCACAAAACCAGCCUCAACAGAACCCUGCCGAACUGUGAUUGAUGUUCGAGCUGCUGCAGAAGCAAUGCGGAAGGAAUCCCUCAGUCAUGCACCCUCUAAUGGACAUAGUUCAGUAUCCAGUUCACUACCCCCUCACCCUCCCUCUACUUGCAACCCUUCUCUUAAAGCGGUCUAA